AUGCCGCUAAUUUCGCGACUUCUAGUCCUUGUUGGACUUUUGUCCCUGUUCCAUGCGGCCUACUCCGCUCACGAAUUCUCGACUCUCUCCACAAAACUCCAUAAGAACGCCGCUCUUCCUCUCGACAUCAAGCUCGAAACCCUGAUCUCAGUAUUCCUUGCAUGUUUCGGUCUUAUACUGGGCUCCGAGCCGUUGAAACCCGUCAGCUGGAGCGCAUGGGCGGGGCAGAUUGAGCGAGAAGGUGGAGGAGCGAAUCCCUUUCGGGGGUUGGAGGAGAGGGUGGGCUUUAUGGAUAUCAGGGCUCAGAGGAGAGCUUUUGCAGAGUGGGCGAAACAACAAGGCGGCGGGUCCAAAAGUUGA